AUGUGCUCCAAAUUUGUGCUCACCAUUUGUGUUCUGUUACCCCUGUGGUUGAACUAUGUGCUCUGUGCGACCACAGUACGACCCUACAAAUUCGGCUUCACCAUCGACGAGCAGCAACAUCGCGCUGAGCAAAAAGAUGAACGUGGAAUUGUGAUGGGCGAGUUUGGCUUCAUUACAGCCGAUGGAAUUUAUCAUGUAACGGUCUAUGCCACGGACGAGGAUGGCAAGUUCCGCAUAUUGUCAAUGCGAAAUUAUCCCUAUGCCGGACCAGUAGCGCCAAAGACUCUGGCGACGACGGCGGCGACGACGACCACAGUCAGGACGGUCCCCACUGCCCAACUGCCGAAGCACAACUUCAACACGGAGGCCUGCUCGGGGUGCUUCCUUAAGAAGUCCAGCCCGGGCAAUACGAAAACCGAAAUACGCCCGCUCUCUCAGUCGCUGCCACCACAGGACACCAUAUCCACUUCUGCAGGUAUCGGACAAGGUCCCUAUGCGCCGCUGCCGUUCCUCGACGCCCUUGGGCAGCAAAAUGGAGCGGUGGUGGGCACAUAUGGCAUCCCAACACUCUCCCAACAGACACCAACACAGUCACAACAACACAAAACAACACCAAACACACAUGGUCAAGGUCCCGUCUUGACGGGUAUAACAGGCACAGUAAAGUCACAAAUACAGCUCGGCUCGUCGCCCAACUCGAACUUUAACAUCAAAGUGGGAGUACCAGCAGCGACAACUCAGCAGCAAAAACUGGCCGGAAAGCAGUCAAAUACCGGCACGGGCUUUGUGGGUCAACCCACUAGCACACUCAACGGCUCACCGAAGAUUUCCGGAGCCAAUGUGGUGAGCCCCACGAUCCUCGGAAGUUCAGCUGGCCAGCCUACUUAUGCAUUGGUCGGUUUGCCGAUACAUGGUCCAGCAUCGCGUAUUUCAAGCGGCAUUCCUACGCUCUCAUCGUUGUCCAACUCUAACGCUAAUGUGGGAGUGUCACCAACGGCACCACAGCAGCAACAACUGGCCGGUCAGCCCAAUGCCAAUAAUUACGGAAAGCAGUCAAAUACCGGCACGGCCUUUGCCGGUCAACAAACUAACAAAAUCAAUGGCUCGCCGAAGAUUUUCGGAGCCAAUUUGGUGAACCCCACGAUCCUCGGAACUCCAGCUGGCCAGUCUACUUAUGCAUUGCUCGAUUUGCCGUCGCAGGGGCCAGCAUCGCGCAUUUCUAGCGGCAUUGCUUCGCCCAUAACGUCGCAGGUGGUCGAAGGCACGCUUGGCACACUGGUCCUGCCCAUGACCCAUGAUCUGCGAAAAGUUGUCGGCUCGCAAAUAAAUCAGCAACGUCCGCUCCUUGCGGGCGCAGCCAGCAACAUUGUGAACACUCGCCUCUCCAGUCCGGCCGCACAGAACACACUCAAACCAAGCACACAAAACUCUAUACCGAACACACUGAACUCACUCAGCCAGGGUCAGGGUCAGGGUCAGCGGCUCAGCACGCCUCAGUCGAGCUCGAAACCAGGUGGAAGUAUUGGAAGUAUUGGAAGCCCAGGAAGCCCAGGAAGCGCAGGAGCUGAUGCUGCCUCGCCCACAGUGAACGCCGUUGGUGUGGGGGUAGGCGAAGUCAAGACAACAACCAACACAGCGUUUUCACCAACGCUGCAGGGUGGAAAAGCGCAAAACUCACCACCAGCCACUUUGCCAGCCACAUAUGGCAGUGUUGGUGGCGGCAGCUCAGUGGCCGCCGGGGCGAGUGACGUGGGUGACUUGUACAGGUUCAAGUAUCUGCUAGACUAUAACGGGCACGAGGAGACGGGCGGACGGAAUGGCUACAAGCAGGGCACCUACUUUGCCAUUGGGGAGGAUUCGGUGGCGCGCACCAUCGAGUACAUAGCGAACGAGUUUGGAUUCCAGCCCCAUGUGAGUUGGCGCAAGGUGGACGCCGCGGCGCUGCCGGCGGAGAACACGCUCAAGGAUUAUGAGUUCAAGUGGUUCAAGAGUGCCGAGUGA